AUGAAUUUCGAAAUUCCAGCCGGAUUAACUGAUCUCUUGCAAGAUUUUACUGUUGCGGUUUUACGAGAAAGACCACCAGAGUUGGUACAAUUCGCCGUGGAUUACUUCAAUAAACUAAACGAUGGUAAAAAUGUCGACAAAUAUCAAAAGAGGGGUGGCGUCAGGUUUGUCGAAUCUCCAGAAACAACCUCGGAGCCAAUGCAGACGGAUGAUGAAGACGAUGACGAACCAAUGGAACCCCCACCCUCUAGAUAUGCCAGUCGGAGAAAAUCAGUUUCUGCUGAGAGAUAUGAUCCAGAGGCUGAUGAAGAAUUAGGGGAAGAUGAUAAAAUUGUUUACCCUAAAUCUGAUGUUCAGAGACAACGACUAAGUGAAGCAGUUAAAAAUAUUUUAAUAUUCAGAGCAUUGGAACCGGAACAAAUGCAAGAAGUUUUAGAUGCCAUGUUUGAAAAACACGCUGAACCUAAUGAACAUAUCAUAGAUCAAGGUGAUGAUGGAGAUAAUUUCUACGUUAUAGACAGUGGUAAAUAUGAUAUCUAUGUUUUAAUAGAUGGUAAAUCAACGUUGGUAGGAAACUAUGAUAAUAAAGGUAGUUUUGGUGAGUUAGCGUUGAUGUACAACAUGCCCCGAGCAGCAACUAUAGUAGCCAACACUCCUGGUACACUCUGGGCUCUUGAUAGAAAAACAUUUCGUCGUAUUGUAUUAAAAUCAGCUUUCCUCAGAAGAAAGAUGUACGAAACUUUGUUAGAAAAUGUUCCAAUGCUCAAAUCACUGAACGAAUAUGAGCGAAUGAAUGUAGCUGAUGCUUUAGAAACUAAGACAUUUGAAGAUGGUGAUGCUAUAAUUCGGCAGGGAGAUGAAGCAGAUUGUAUGUAUUUCUUACAAGAAGGUGAAGUUAGAUUUACUGUUAAGAAUGAUAAUAAUGAAGAGAAAGAAGUCAAUAAAUGUAAACAAGGAGGUUAUUUUGGAGAAUUAGCUUUGGUGACUCACAAACCUCGUGCUGCUACAGCUUAUUGUGUUGGGCGAACGAAAGUUGCUGUGUUGGCAGUUGAUGCAUUUGAGAGAUUGAUGGGUCCCUGUAUGGAUAUCAUGUCUAGAAAUAUUGAUGAAUAUGAGGAGCAGUUAGUUCAAGUUUUUGGU